UUUCACUGAACACAUAAGAAGUUAACCGCCUGUACAAUGAAAGAAAAUAGUGAUGCACUUGGUGCGUCCUUCAUGCCACUGAUGCCUCCAUGAAGUACCAAAUUCGAUUAAGCACAAAAGUGAAUAAGCGAGAGAUGGUGGGAACUUCAAUUUCAGUCAGCUAUCGUAUGGCUCCAGAAGACAGAAGAACAUAACGCAUGACUAAUUCUGUUUUAAUUUCAUGAUGCUUACUGUUCUUUGUGGAGCUUGCACUGUUUGUAUCUUUCCAUACAUUCUACAGAAUUUCUUAAUUUUUGUUCCAUAGAAAUUCUCAUGGGUUGGAGCAGAAUUUUAAACAAUACCAUUAAGAUACAAAGUUCUGCUCUGAUGACAACUGGACUAAAGUCGGUUAGUGAGCUUGUUGAGGCAGCUUCAUAAUUUGGAAAGUGUGGUUUAGGCUCAGCUUUAGCAGACAGGUGAAGGCCGAUGCUGUCGCAGAUGUCUGCGGACCUGUUGCAUUAAACUUUCAGCAUGCUGUUGAACUCUCCAUGUCAAAACCCAGAUAACCCGUGUGUUGAGGAGAGCAGUUUGGAUCGUUUGUUAAUGAACUUGCUUUCUGCGAGUAAACGCGGCGUGGCCGCACUGGAGUCCGCCAGCGAUAAAUGCAACUUCGACUUUACGUCGUCGCUGUUUUUCGUUAUUGCCUUCCUCACGACCACAGGUUAUGGCUCCACUGUGCCUCUUUCGGAUGAGGGCCGUGUGUUCUGUGUUGUUUACUGUCUUGUGGGCAUCCCCUUCACCCUGCUGCUGCUGUCCAGCCUCACUCAUGCCCUCCUGCCCUGGGUAACACACACCCCUAUUCACAACCUUCAAGUCUUCUGGGGACUGUCUCGCAACCAUGCUGCGUUGCUGCACUGCAGCGUGCUGGCCUUUUGCACAGCGACAUUGUUCUUUCUUCUGCCUGCUGGUGCCCUCUGCCUGCUGGAGAAUGACUGGAAUUACCUGGAGUCACUGUAUUUUUGUUUUAUCUCACUUAGCACCACAGGACUUGUUGACUACCUGCCUGGGAGGACGCAAAGCCGAGCAGCACGUCAGGGGCUGGAGUUUGCAACCUCCUGUUACCUGAUGCUUGGACUGAUUGUCUUGCUUGUCGUUAUGGAAAGCUUCUGGGAACUGCAGCAGGUUCAAGCCAUUCUGCGUUUUUUCUCUGGACCGCGGCAGGGUGAGCUGAAGGGGGUGGGUUUGGAUGAGCUUGUGCUCAGUGGAGACAUGGCAGGUGCAGAGGAGGAACCUCAUUACACCCUACCUAUAUCCACCAUCUCCCCUGCUUUCUCAGACUCACCUGCAACUCCAACAACAGAGCUGCCACCGAUCUUUGGCCUGCCACCCAUUGCAGCCACCAAGGAAAAUGUUCCCCCUUCACUAUGACCAAACCCCACUCCAGAUCUGUGCCAGUCCACUUCCACUACAUAACUGAUACAGUGGAACUGGACAUAGUAAGAAUAAAUAAUAUCCAAGAAUGAAGCUGGCAACCACUAGGUGGCGAUAUCGGUUCAUUUUCUUCAGUACUCCUUGGCUUGUACAGUCAAUACAAAACUCUAUUCAUUCAUUCAUUCAUUCAUUCAUUCAUUCUUUCUUUCUUUCUUUUGAACUUAUUGGAUUAAGCAUAUCUUUUUUUAUUUUAAGUAUAUAAUCAACUUACUAAAUGCAUGAUAUAGUUGUAGUUUAUAUUUUAGAUUUAUUGUAAUAUAAUUACAGUUUUUUUCAUUCAUUUUCAUUUAUUUAUCAUAUUAAAUGUAUAUAUUUUUAUAUUCAAUAUUAAACUACACUGAUAAUUGAUUUGAUUUAUUUAAAACUGAUUUGGUUUUUAAAACUACCAGCAUAUCAUGCAGUGAGUGGAAUUCUGCCACAUUAAUUUAUAAUCUGUUUUAUAAAUCAUUUACAUUUAUAAUACAGAUUAUAUAAAUCUGAAAAUAUUUUAAGAUCAUGAAUAUAUUAUUUAUUAAAAAAGAACAAUAUUGUCAAAUACACAAGAAGUCAAUGUUUGGACAAUGUUUGGAUAUAUACAGUAGUCAACAUUUUAAGUGGAUCAAAAAAGUUCAUCAGAGUUAUGA